CAUUUCGCGUAGCAAUUUCGUUUCCAUUCAAACAAAGACGAAGAAGAACUGAAGUGAAAAAGCUGUUCCAUUCUCGGUCAACAUCCCGGAAAAUCUCUCUAAUGGCUAACAGACACACUAUCAUACUCAUGCAAACUUCUCAAAACCGAGCCACUCGGACGUUUAUGGAUUAUGAGUCGAUAAGUCAAGCAAUGGAUGGAAUAUGUGCACUAUAUGAAAGGAAACUCAAGGAAUUGAAUCCUGCCAUCAGAAAUAUUACUUAUGACAUUGAAGAUCUCUAUAAUUUCAUUGACGGCCUUGCUGACAUGAGUGCUUUAGUUUAUGAUCACUCUAUCCAGGCAUACCUUCCGAAUGACCGACAAUGGAUCAGACAACGGAUGUUUCAUCACCUUAGAAAAUUGGCGCAUUGACUUGAAGAAGAAUCAAAUCUUGUUUCUUGGUAUAUUGUAUCAGAUUGAUUGCACAUAACUUUCCUUGAAACAAAAAGGAGUGUUGCACUUGGCAGUAAGUAGUAUUUUAUUCUGUCUGUAGCCAUUCAACUUAAACUGCAUAUUAUUUGGUGCUCCUGCAACUGGGAAGUUGUAUGGUUUGAUUGGAGAAAAUGUUUGCUGGAAUUUAUGUAAAAGUGGGGCACCGUUUUGUGUUUAUGUAAUGUUGUCAUCAUAUUUCAUUUGAUAACUCCUGUUUGGUUGGAAA